UCUUCUUCAUCACUCAAAUCUCCAUUUGAGUUCGAUCUUUUAGGAUUUAAAGGGACUUUGCAGUUUGCAGACAGUUUCUUCUUCAUAGUGAUCACUCUUACGCUUUCUGUAGAUAAAAAUCAAGUUUUUGGUUAAUCAAUCAGUCUUUAGUUUCAGCGAUGGCUGAAGAGUUCAAGGAUCAGGCUAAUUUGAACGUGGAGGGAGGCGAAGGGGAGGUGAGGAAUCGGGGGUUGUUUGACUUCGUCCACAAGAAGAAAGAGGAAGAAGAAGAGAAAAAGCCACAGCAGGAGGAGGAGGUUCUGGUCAGCGGCGUCGAGAAGAUUCACAUAGAGGACGGCCACAAGGUAGAAGACAAGAAGAAAGAAGGGGAGAAGAACCACGGGCUUCUUGAAAAGCUCCACCGAUCUCACAGCUCCAGCUCUUCUAGCUCAUCGAGCGAUGAAGAAGAGGAAGUUGAAGGGGAGGGAGGAAUUAAGCAGAAGAUUAAGAAGAAGAAGCAGGGUUUGAAGGAGAAGCUGCACGGAAGAGAGAAAAAAGAGAAGGAAGAAGAGAAGAAAGAGCCUGCGUUUGUACCAGCUGCCGCUGAGGAAACGCCGGCGGUCGUGGUGGAGAAAGUAGAUGUGUUCGAGGAAGCUGCCCCACCGCCGGAAGCGGAGAAGAAGGGGUUCCUCGAUAAGAUAAAAGAAAAGCUUCCAGGACACGGCAAGAAAGCCGCCGAAGAGAGCGGCGCUGUCCCGCCACCGCCAUUGCCGGUUGUUGAGGUCCCCGCCGAGCAUGUCAAGGAACAUGAGGUGGUGGAGGGGACGGAAGGGAAGGAAAAGAAGGGUUUUUUGGGGAAGAUAAUCGAGAAGCUGCCAGGGUAUCAUAAGAACGCAGGGGAGGAGCCUGAGAAGAGUCCUGGUAGUCAUUGAGGUCCGGUUGUAUGGAAGAUUUGAUGAUUUUACUUGUUUUGUGUUAUGUUUCUGUAUUAGUGGUUAUUAUUUUGUGUAUUUUGGUUGCUGUGGUUUGAGUAUUGAUGUUGUUGAUGUUGAUGAUGAUGAUGAUUAUAUGUUUUGAUUUUUAUGUGUGAAAUAUAUAUAUUUGUUCUUUGUGA